AAAAGAUAACUGUGGGUUGCUGAAAAGAGCCACUCCUGCUGUUUAAAAUGCAGAUUAUCGUUUAUUUGCUUUGUUUGGUUGCUCAUUGCUUUCUUUUUAACGUGGAAGCAGUGCAAGUAAACAGGAACACCUGCUAUCGCAAACAGAAUUUCGAGCUGGUCGCAUACCGACGGGGGUCGCAAGAGGGGGCCUUGGAACAAGUCAUGGUGGACGUUGGAGAAUGUGCAAAGGAUAACACCACGAACAAUACAUGCCUCCCUUAUGAACUGACCGAGCAUCGCAAUUACGCCAUGGCACCGGUCAUUAUUGAGAAGGAGAUCAUAGAGAGCUGUCAGUCGGCAAGUAACGGAUGUCAGCGGCUCCCACGCCUGGUUAAGUAUUACAACGGAACUAAGUUUGAGGUCACGAUUGACGUUGGAAUUUGUAGUGGACAAUGCCAUGGAAACACUAAAUGCCAGUCAUUUGACAAGAAAACAAAAAGCAUUUCUUCAGCAAACGGAGAUAGAUGCCUCGUAGUUAUUGUGGACUGUGCAUGUGUGGAGCCUUCAUGCUACCGAGUGUCACGUUACGAGGGAUUUCCAGAACAGUACACUGACUCCCAUGGAAACAAGGCAAUGCGAACCAAGAUCAUAGACGUUGGAAAAUGCAUUGGUAACUCUCGAUGCCUCAAGAAACUUCCCACAGGCAACCAAAGGAUUAAUAAGCCAAAAGGAACUUGGAAUAAUCUUAUUGGUUACAGCACAAUGAGGUGCAUUACUAAACGCUCCAAGGCGCAUUCUUUCAUCACUGCUGGGGGAAAAAACUUCAGCGUCCGCACCGUGGAAAGUUGCGCUUGUCUUGGCGGAGGGACCUCGUAACCCUGUUAAAAACUGAAGCCGAGUUGAAGUAAUUCCAAAAGACUGCUGGAUGUGUUACACACUUACAGUUAUAACUUUUAAUCUAAGCAAACACAAAAUUGAGAGUAAUGCUAUUGUAAGAAUCAUUUUUAGAUAUGUGAUAUGAUUUCUCACCACCGGUGAUAAGUUCGAUUGAAUAUUUCAAUCCUCUUUGAUUUUGUGUGUGUCAUUAAAAUUCGGUUGUUGUUGAUGAAAACGAGUACGUUUUGGAGAGUUCGAUUCGAUUUAUGAAAGGUAUUAUUUAGAAGUAGUUCUGACAGUUUUACUACAAGUGUAACCACCUACAAUGUUUGAAGUAUAAUGCAAGCUGUACACUGACUAUGGUAGUCGAUAAGACCCAAAAUUCACAUAAUAGAUGUCUGUUUGUUCUUUGAAUUUAAUUAGCUCAUAUAAAAAGUCAAGUCUUAUAAUAGUCCACGUGAGAUGAGUCCUGAAGAGAACAGCUGCCAGUAGCAACUGAUCAUCAGAGUCCAGUGAGGAGUUAUAGUAUGUGUCAAUCAAGUGCGACGAGUCUUAUUCGCAUAGAGUAAUUUCGUCAUUUUGCCAUGAUUUUAUCUGCCGUUAGAGCCCAGUAGCGUUUGUAAACUGUGAUUGGUCAGUUUCGAUCUGUCAGUUCGUUCGGUAGUUGUCAACUUCUCUUAGGAGGGAUUUUUUGCCAAUCAGUAAAUUUACUCCAGGCCUCAUUAUAUUUUAACCAGUAGUCAAUCAUGUAGGAGAGAAGUGUUACCAUCGAGAAUGGAAUGUGAAAAAAAAUGUGCCAAAAUACCUGUACCAGAAUUUGUCCAAUGGAAAACUUUACAAUUUUUCCAGACAUUCGUAUUUCUUUUUCGUCUCGCAUUGUUCACCCAUGAAUGGUAAGACGCGCAGUGUCCAUCUAAAGCGGUAGUUUACUAAGUUUAUAUCAUUAACAACUCUAUUUCGUUUUCUCUACUCGAGGUGGGAUAAAGCUCAGUUCAGUUCACAUCUGUACUCGAUAACUUAAUUUUUCCUUUCCCGAGCGAAAUUCUCCUACAUGUACAUGUUCAUCUCUAUCAAUUUUCCAGAUCUUAGUGACUUCAGUACUUUUGUUACUUGUUCAGCGGAUGCCUGCCAUUAGGGAAACAGAAAAAAGGAAACUAGUUAUCAUAUUAUUUCGUGUUUUAAGGUUUCAAUCCAAGUAGGGAUAUUGUCAUUGCAGCAAGCCGGUAUCACCCCUUGGGAUAUAGAGCUGGCACAGUUUCCUAGCAACUUCAUCAUUCUUAUCAUUUCCUCCAAACAUUCCCUAUACUGAUUUCCCGAUUAUUUGAAAUUUUUUUGGAACUUUUGACCCAUAUACUCAAAUUUAAAU